AGGAGAUCCCCGACAUUUCACUGAAAGAUCAAAAUCUAUCUUUUCUGCUGCACAUCCGAAAUGUGAUGACUGUGCGAUCCUGGAAUCUUCGUUCACAAUCGGUACGAAAAAGCUGCGUGAAGGAGCAAAUCUUGUGUUGCGAAAGCUGCGAUUGCUUCCCCACUUUCAUCCUUAUCGGCUUGAUUUAUUCGGAGUCGUUCAACCUAGAAAAAGAAAUGUAAAGAAUCUCCUCGGCACUGACAGAUAAUAAACUUCAACGAACAAACUUUUAGGCAUCUAAAUUUGAAAUCUCUUUACGAGACACAAACAACUUUCGUGUAGUCACCCGACACGCUCGCAAACCAACAAAAUGGCUGACGUUGCUCCCGAAGCUGCCCCGGCUCCGGCCAUGAAGUCUUUUAUGGAAAAUGACGUAGUGCGUGGUACUCAAGGAAGUAAUUCCUUUGGGAUCGUCAAGGUCCCUUCAUCAUGCACAAGAAAUUGCAUGUGGGUAACACAAUUCGUAUACUAGGUCUUACUAAUUUUAUCGAAUGAGUACACUACCAAGACAUUAUUAUGCACUUUCAUACCUACCAUGAAGUCUGCGAUGAAAUCGUCGAUGAAGAAGUCCGCUAUGAAGAGCGCGAUGAAGAGCGCUAUGAAAUCGGCCAUGAAGUCCGCGAUGAAAUCGGCUAUGAAGAGCGCGAUGAAAUCCGCCAUGAAGAAGUCGAGCAUGAAGAAGGCGGUACAAUUUUACUUCACUUGUUGUUUUUGGACGCUGCUUCUAGCACCUACCCUCAGAGGACACCUACCUGAAGAUUUAGUUUUCAUUCAUGUAGCAAAUGUUGAAUCUGUGAAUGCUAGCGCUUAGUCGGACAAGUCACUCCUGGACUCUAACACUAAGUAGCAUCAUUUGGUAAACAAGCGGUGCAACGCGAUAAACAUGAUUUGUAGCCAUAGGGUGAACGUAUAGUUCAUGACUUGACAGAAUUUUCGUGCACUCUUUGGAAUAUUUAGAUCCGUAAAACUAGCUGUAUGGUAGAAAUUCUGGAAUAUUGAAGGUUCCUAAGCACUUUCCAUACCGUUUUACCUCCACAGACUUCCGUGAUGAAGAGCUCCAUGAAGAAGAAGUAAGGAAGCGGUAUGAAAAGGUGACUGCUGUUGGAGCAGAGGAGGCUAACAGGGGUUUGUUAUAGAUUGGAGAUGGAGACGGGUUGCAGUUGCAGCGUGUCCACGACGUGCUUCUCGGAUGCCUCGAUGGCAAGCAAUCGUUCUACGCUGGGGUGCCGCGCUUUCAUCAUGCUGGCAUUUCGAAUAUCGUUGAGUUCAUUAAACUGGCCGACAUAUGGAGAUAGACAUCGCAUUUCAUACGAACCCAAAUUGUAAAACUAUGGAAAAUGGACUAUCGCAAGACUUCGGUCAUGGUAUACCUCCAUCAGUUUACAUAAAAAAUCUGGCAGCCGCGUGUUGCCGCAAGGCUUUGGCCGAGGUGUAUACGUGUGCUGCCAUCAAACUUCUACCGCUUCCAUACCUAAAUGUACUUACCCUCUUUGUAGAAUGUGGUUGAUAUUUUCAGGAACUGACAUCGAGACCCAUAGCUCUAUGGGAUCCUGAUAUCACUUGGCACUUCACUACAAACCCUUUUGAACGGCUUUUUUGAGCAUCUGUUGGUGCUAAAAUCCUGACCACGUCUCACGAAAUAUAUCACUCGCUGAGCCGGACUGUGCCUGCGCAUCUAGGUGUACGGACC